CUUAAAACCCAACGCAAACUGCCAAGGCAAAUACUGAAAUACAUAACGAUAUGAAUAUCGUUAAAAUUUUUAACGGCAAACAUAAAAACGCCCUAAAACGUUAAAAAUGCCCUAAAACAGUAAAACGUUAAAAACGCCCUGUUUGUGCAGCCCGCAGCCGACGGAAAUAGGACAGGUUUGGAGCUUUGGUGGAGACUUUUGGUGGCAUUUGCAGGGUUUUGACAGCCACAGCAGAUUGAAAUAUUUUUGGGGGGGGCAUUUGCAGGGUUUUGACAGCCACAGUUCAUUCAAAGAAUCAAAAUACAAAACAAUGAGCAGCCAUGGGAGUGACAGUAGUACUGACAAUGAAGUGGAAGUGGUUGGUGGAAAUACAAGUGAAAGUGUUGAGAAAUCUAGAAGUAGUGGGCAGCAACCUAGCAUAUUUAAAUGCUCUUCAAAAAUUAUGGAAACAUAUGCAAAGGGCCCUUUAAAUAAAAACAAACCUCUUCUCCAAUAUGUUACACCUAGGCCUAGGGGUGAAGGGAAAAAAUCUUCUGGAGGUAGUAGGGUGUGGGAUUGCCAUGUUUGUUUGAAAGAUUUUAGGGGCAGCUACACAAGGGUAAAAUCUCACUUUUUGGGUCUUCCAUGCCAUGGGGUCACAUCUUGUCCAAAUUUAAACGAUGAGGAGAGGGUAGAGUGUCAUAGAUUGCAUAUGGAGGCAGAAAUGGGAAAACAAGGUGGUGCAGUCCCAACACCUUCUUUUGCAUCUUCACAAGUAUCUAGGCCUACGACAUCCACUAUUAGUUGUAGUCAAAUUGGGGCAAGAGGAAAGAGGAAGAUGGGUAGUGGGAAGGGAGGGUCAGUAGAAGCUUUGUUUAAUGUAAAAGGACGUGAAGCUUUAGAGUCAUCUGUAGGUAGAUUCUUUUUUGCUAAUGCCAUCCCAUUUAAUGUGGCACGCUCCUCUUACUUCAAAGAAAUGUUCAUGGAUAUAGCCAAUUUCGGUCCCACAGCUACCCCCCCGGGAGAUCAUAAGCUACGGACUACUAUCUUAGACAAAGAAUAUUCCAAGAUUAAUGUGUUAAUGGAGGAUAUGAAACGAACUUGGAUGAGGACUGGUUGCUCUAUUGUGAGUGAUGGGUGGACUGAUGUUAGACAUCGUCCACUCAUCAAUAUCAUUGUCACAUGCCCUGCUGGUUCUUAUUUUCUAAAAGCUGUGGAUUGUUUAGGGAAGCGUAAGGAUGCAGAGUUCCAGUUUAGUAUUUUGAGAGAUGCCAUAGAGGAGGUUGGGGCAGCUAAUGUUGUACAGGUGAUUACUGAUUCAGCACGUGUGUGCAAAUCAGCUGGUAUGAUGGUGGAGGGUGCUUACAAGCACAUCUUUUGGACCCCAUGUUGUGUUCAUGCAUUAAACAAUGCAUUGAAAGACAUAGGAAAAAUAGAUUGGGUGAAGCAUGCGGUGGAAGAAGCUAGAGACAUUCAAAUGUUCAUUUGCAACCACCACACCUCACUUGCUCUCUUUAGAUCAUUUUCAAAGAAGGAGUUCCUCAAACCCAUUGAAACAAGGUAUGCUACUUACUUCAUCUUGUUGGAGAGGAUGCUUGAGGUGCAUGAUCCUCUACAGUUGAUGGUGGUGAAUCCUGAGUGGACUAGAUGGCGGGAAUCAAACUCUACUGAAGGAAAAUCUACCAAACAAAAGAUCCUUGAUGACAAUUGGUGGUCCACUGUGAGAUACCUUUGCUCUAUCAUUUCUCCUAUUGUAGAUGUCAUCAGAUAUGCUGAUACAGACUCUCCUAGUCUUGGAGAGAUAUAUGAGACAUUUGACAGUAUGCUUGGGAAGAUUAAGCAAACAAUUUCGGAUAAGGAUCCUACUUUGGAGUUCUAUGAGCAGCAUAUCAGGCCCAUUGUGACACGAAGGUGGAACAUAAUGAACACCCCGCUUCAUAUGGCAGCCUAUGCAUUGAAUCCGAAAUGGUAUGCACCAAGGGAUGGAAGGGUGCUUCCAUGUGAUGAUGAUGAGGUUUUAGAUGGGUUCACACGGGCAAUUGAUAAGAUAUAUACAGAGGAGCAGGCUUCCAUACUUCGUGCACAAUUCCUUGACUUCACAAAUCUUCGUGGUCCUACAUUGAGUAAACCACAGGCGAGGUUGGACAUAGCCAUAUUAGCCCAAAAAGACCCUAUUGGAUGGUGGACAUGGCAUGGGAGAGAUACACCACAAUUGAAAUCGCUUGCCACUCGCCUACUUUCACAGGUUGCUAGUUCCUCUGCUGCAGAGAGGAAUUGGUCCACAUAUGGCUUUAUCCACUCUAUCAAGAGGAAUAGACUUACCUCUAGACGAGCGGAGAAGCUGGUAGCUGUGCAUAGUGCUCUUCGACUUCAGGAUCGACAGACUCCAGAGUAUCGACAGACUCCAGCUUUGCGAUGGGAUGUUGAUCCCGAAGAUGUGGCCCAGGUUGAUGAGGAGGAGACAACAUAGGGAUUGGUUGGGAUUCCAUUGGAUGAGGUGGAUGUAGACCAUGACAGUGGGAGCGACUCAGAGGACUUUGAUUUUGAUGCAAUGUUAGGAGAAGCAGUUUAGGGGCAGCAUUAUACUUUGCUUUUUUGUAUUUAGUUUCUGUUUUACUGAGUACUAUUUUGAUUUUCAUAUUGUAAUUGACAAUGCAACUAUAUGGCAGCAGUGUAGCCUUUGGGCAUUUUGACAUUUUGUAUGUUAUUUCUUUAAAGUUUAAUAUCUAUUAUGAUAUGCAUAUUGACAAUGUGAAUGAACUGAAAUUCUGAUUUAUGAAUGCAUAAUUCCAUAUUGAUAUUGUCUAUUGACU